AACGUGGAUUUAAGCGUUCUUAGCUGUCUGUCCUUCUAAUGUUCCGUUUGUAGAGAGCUCAGUCGUACCUCUUCUUGUUUAAUGGAAAAACAACAGAAUUAUUCUGCUUGAAUUAACAGCCUCGCGUUCUUCUAACAGCAUACGACCCAAUAUGUUGACUUUAGCCGCGAUGCUAACGACCGUGUGAAGCUCCGGCUGCCCUCAACUUAAAUGUAAAGUGAAUUACUCCAGUUUGAGCGUUCACCGGAAUGAUGGCCGCCUCGGGGAAACUGGCGUCUUUCCGUCUGCCUCCCCUGCCUACUGUGGGCGAGCUCAUAAAGCUGUACAACCUGCGAGCUGAGAAACAGCUGUCCCAGAACUUCCUGUUGGAUUUGAGGCUCACAGACAAAAUCGUGCGUCAGGCGGGCAGCUUGAGGGAUGCACAUGUGUGUGAGGUGGGUCCUGGUCCCGGUGGCCUCACCCGCUCCAUACUCAAUUCCGGGGUGUCAGAUGUGCUUGUGGUGGAGAAGGAUACACGCUUCAUCCCAGGGCUCAAGCUGUUGUCUGAGGCGGCACCAGGAAGGUUGAGGAUCGUCCACGGUGAUAUACUCACCUACCGGAUGGACCGAGGAUUCCCAGAAAAUGUCUCCAAGCCCUGGGAGGAAGAUCCACCAAACCUCCACAUCAUCGGGAACCUCCCCUUCAGCGUGGCAACCGCCCUCAUCAUUAAGUGGCUGGAGAACAUGGCCGACAGGACGGGGCCCUUUGUCUACGGACGCACACGGCUCACGCUCACCUUCCAGAAAGAGGUGGCAGAGAGGUUGACAGCCAGCACGGGCAGCAAACAGAGGAGCCGACUGUCCAUCAUGGCUCAGAAUCUCUGCACGGUCCGCAACUGCUUCACCAUCCCCGGGAGGGCCUUCGUCCCUAAACCGGAGGUGGACGUGGGAGUAGUUCACUUCACCCCUCUGGUUCAGGCCCAGAUCCAGCAGCCCUUCAAGCUGGUGGAGAAAGUCGUCAGGAACGUUUUCCAGUUCCGCAGGAAGCACUGCCAUAAAGGAGUAGAAAAGCUGUUUCCUGAGGCGUGUCGCGUCGAGCUGACGCAGGAGAUGAUGCGGAAAGCAGACGUGGACCCCGUUCUGCGGCCCACAGAACUCACCAUACCCCAGUUCAGGGCCCUGGCGGAUGCCUACGCUCAUCUGUGCACACAGGAAGCCAGUCUCCUCAGCUACGAGUUCAGAGAAGAGCUCCGAGUGAAGAACCUCGCCAGGAAAAUCAAGAAAAUAGCGGACACAUCUCCGGACAAGCCAACCGGCGUACCCCGACAACCCUGCUAAAUAAAUUAAAGUACAGGAAGAAAAGCCCACAGUGCUCCUUUUCUUCACAUUUCAAGCUGGCACACAUGCGUGCAUUUUUAAAAAGCCUUGAAAUGCUGGGAAAGACUCAAGAACCACGAGGCACAUAAAGAGCCUGGAUGGGUUAGAUCAGCUCCAGGAGGGGACGACUCAAAGGAGAGACUAAGGAAAGCCUGCUAGUCGCCCACAGUAGGUCUUAAAGAGUGAGCGUCUUUUUUUGUCCUCAUUUUUUUUCACUUCAGAUCCACUUGCAUAACAUUUUGUCCUGUGGGACCUGAAAUAACCGUCAGUGUUUUCAGGGUGAUUUAGAAAAUGGGAACAACAUGGCAGCACUAUAUCCGGGCCGUUUUCCCUUCUCCACGUAGUGAAUUGCUUAAGUCACUUGGGAGGAGGUAAGCGAUUGGAAUUUCUCAACAUUAAAAGGAAUCCACUCUUAAUGCCAAUAUUUAUAUUGUGGAAGUCCCUUUGGUGGACUAAAAAUGUCACUGAUGUCAUACAACAUUCAUGAGAUGCGUGUUAAGCACGAUGUAGUCGUUCAAUGUUUCAUGUCAAUAAAAGUGUUGCAAUUUUAAA